GUCCAGUAGUCACGCUAGCUUUAGCGGGGAUUAGUUUAGAACUCACGGUUUAGUUUAAGCUUAGGCCGGUAGGUUUUCUAGCCUAGCGUGUCUUUGAAAGUUGCGCAGAUCCAUCCUGCUAGUCCGGCAUCCACGAGAGCAGCAACCCAAGAGAGCGAUAAUUGGCUACAGCUCCCUUAUAUGGGCAUGGGCUGGACUAGAGCUAAUUGGUCCAAUACUUCUGUCAAUCACCUUCACAUAGGAUUAUGGAACCAUGUGACCCAAGGACCUCCAAAGGUCCUCUAACAAACCAUAGAGGAAUUAUCAUGGUCACAUGACCGAAGGUCCUGCGACGCUAACAAGGUUACCAAUCUUAUUUGCACAUAAGAAUCAAAGAAUCAGAAUGAUUUAAAGAGUCUCCAGAACAUGUACCAUUAUGGUUUCAGGCCUCAGGAAUACUACACAAUAAUGUACCUUCAACCAAACCCUCCAGUACCUUACACAUUUGGACCCUACUCAGAGAUGAACAAUUUUUUUCCGUCUAUCCAAAUGCAUAACUUCACUAGUCGACCCUAUGCAUUUGCAGGAGAUCCAUACCAUUCUCAAAACGGACAUGUUGAAUAUCAUCAUUUCUAUGGCGCAAACCCAUUAUAUUCUUCACCAGCUUGGUAUUACCCAAGUUAUAAUACCAUGCCAGCAUAUAGUCCUUGGAUGAAUUACAAUAAUUCUCAUAGUCAUCAGCGAGCAAACACUAUAGUGUGGCCAGAAGGCUUCACUAUGAAGGGAGAACUUCUGUGGGGAAGGAUGGAUAGAAUUUUUGGUGUAAAGCGUGACCUACCAGAGUUUGUCAAGGAGGACCUCCGAAGAGUCUAUGGCACUUACCCAAGAACAUUUGUUGCUAUCACUUACCAAAAUGGUGAAUAUCUUGUGAAGGCAGAUCCAAAGGUGGGUGAGCAGGAAUAUACAGUUGAAAAAAAAGUGAUAAGAAGGCAACCCACCCCUUCCGAUUCAGAGGAUGAUAUCAGUGACAACAGAAACAGUAAGAAAAAGAGAAGGAAACCCAGACGUUGACUGUCCAUCAAAACCUGAACAAGGAAAAGACACUGACACCAGAGUUUAAUUUUAUGACCACAUGGUCCCUGUUAAGCUGAUAUAACCGCUGCCGAUCAAGUUGUGUUCUUAUGUGUUUUAUAUUUAUUUUGUGCAUAAACAAUCAUAAUGUGCUACACUAAUGGUCAUUCAGAAUCAGAGUAAUUGGAAAAACUAUGUCUCUUAAGCUAGGUUUCCAAACAGGUUUUUCUUUGGCAUUUAUUGGAAAACUGCCACUGCAGUUUUUGAGCCAAAGCCAGAAGUGUAUUCAAAAGGAAUAG